AGCACACAAGUCUAAUUUCACCAUGCACAAUGCCAAGCGUUGGGUGAAGUGGUGUAAAGCUCUGCGUGGAAACGGAUUCUCUGGAGUGAUGAAGCUUCAUCAUCUGGCAGUCCGACGGACAAAUCUGGGUUUAGCAUAAGCCAGGACAAUGCUACAUGACCCAAUGCAUAGUGCCAACUGUAAAGUUUGGUGGAGGAGGAAUAAUGGUCUGGGGCUGUUUUUCAUGGUUCGGGCUAGGCCCCUCUGUUCCAAUGAAGGGAAAUCGUAAAGCUACAGCAUACAAUGGCAAUCUAGACGAUUCUGUUCUUCCAACUUUGUGGCAACAGUUUGGGGAAGGCCCUUUCCUGCUUCAGUAUGACAGUGCCCCCGUGCACAAAUCUGUUAAUGCAGUAUGCGAAAUGGAGUGUGCCCAUGGUGUCUGGGAUAAUGGUGUUGAUGUGAGCCAUGACCAGCCUUUGAAAGCAUUUCAUGGCUACAAAUGUGAGUACUACAGGGCGGUAGUCAUUUAGACAGGUUACCUUGGCGUUCUUGUAGGUAUUACAGACUGGGUCAGGGAGAGAUUGAUAAUGUCAGUGAAGACACCUGCCAGCUAAAUGGCUAUUAUUCAAUGACAAUCAUGUUUGCAUAUCAUGUCCAUGUAUUUUGAUUUGUUUAACACUUUGUUUGGUUACUACAUGAUUCCAUGUGUUAUUUCAUAGUUUUGAUAUCUUCACUAUUAUUCUACAUUGCAGAAAAUAGUAAAAAUAAAGAAAGACCCAUUAAUGAGUAGGUGUGUCCAAACUUUUGAUAGGUCCUGUAUAUAUAUAUGUAUAUUAUCUCCUCAACACUGAAGGGUUAAUAUAUUGUGUAGAGUAACAUUAAUAUAAAUUCAUCAUCAAAGAGACUUUUAUUAAUUUCUUCAUGUAAUUUCUCUCUUUCUAAGCCCUUUGAAUUGUACGUUUAUGAUAUCCACAUUAAAGUUUGCUUUUACUUCUUCUUUGAAUGGUAGCACAUUGAGUAGUAACUAUGGAAAGUAACAAGUUAUGCAACAUAUCAAACUUGUCAUUUCCUUCAGCCACAUGUCUUGAGCAGUUAAACUAGAACUGGAACUCGCUGUAAAAAUAGACUUGAAACUAUAUCAUUACAUUAGUGGAUUUAAAUCUCUGGAUGAAUUACUGUUGGCUUGUGUUCCUUUAAAAGAAAAAAAUGUUUAAAAAAGAGAAAUAAAGAGAUAUUGCAAGGGGCUAUAGCUUUCUGUGUAAUUUACAGGUCACUGGAUUAUAUGUCUGCAUGUGAUUAAUCUAGAAUCAGAGGAUGUUGCCUUCCUUGUGAAGCUUGAUAUAUUUAACUAGUAAAUGUGAUUGAAAAGAAAAUCUGAUGAUCAUUUGAUACUACAGAUGAAGGCUAGUGCUUGUGGGUUGACGCUUAUUCAAUGAAGGAAAAUUCUGUGUCUUGCAAACAGAAGUGGCACUUCUUCUGAAUGUCUGCAGUGACAGGCAGCUUGACAACAGAACACCACUUCAGGUGUCAUUUAUAUAGCCUGAAUUGUGCAUUGGAUUUGAACAGAUGACCAUCGCGUGAAUACUGACAGUGUUUCAUAUCAGGUGAGCUCAUCCGGCCCUUUCUGAUACAGAGAAUCAUGCACAUCACAGGAGCUGAAAGACUCAUCCUCAUUGGUGGUCUGCUGCAAGGUGUUCUGUGCCUAGAUUUUGCAUCUCUGUUGCCUCAGAAUAUAAAGGCUCUGAGUGGAUCUUGUGUGGCCAUUCCCUGCUCAUUUACACUGCAAUCUGGAUUUGAGUCAUUCCUCACAACUUCAUGUAAAGGAAUAUGGAAGAAAGGAUGGGCAGGAGUACAAGUGUUUGAUUCUAGUCUGACAGGAAAAGGCUUAAACAAAAUUCAAGGGAAUCUAACUGGGAACUUGCAGCAGAAGGAAUGCACCACAAUCCUGAAUGACUUAUCUUCUUUCAAUGACUACUUUUCAUUCAGAAUUGACUGUGACAAUCCUCUGAAAUAUAGUUUUCCAGAACCUGUCACAAUUAAUGUAAAAGAAAAUCCAUCCAAACCCACUCUAAGUCCAGCAACAGUAAAUGUGAUGGAGGGGACCUCAGUGAGUUUGAUCUGCUCUGCUGCUGCCCCCUGUCCCUCACUUCCUCCAACUCUGACAUGGACCCCCACACUGAGUGACAGUGUGGAGGAUUUGCAGGAGACUCCGAAUCAAGUCAUAACUUCUCUCCUGAACUUCACCGCUUCACAUGUCCACCAUGGAGAGAAGAUCUCCUGCACUGCGCUGUACAAACGACAAGCUGGCAAGAGUGAUAAAUCAUCCAAAACUUAUCUGACAGUCGCUGUUCUUUACUCUCCCAAGAACACCUCAGUGUCAGUCAGUCCCUCUGGUUCAGUGGUAGAGGGCAGUUCUGUGACUCUGACUUGCAGCAGCAAUGGCAACCCAGCAGUGAAGAACUACACCUGGUACAGAUUUGAGGGAAGUGAGAAGGACAUUGUCGGGUCUGAAGAGGACCUCAACAUCUUCAAUGUAACCAGGCUUUCAAAUGAACAGUACUACUGUGAGGCUCAGAAUGUCCAUGGACUGCAGAUCUCUGAAGCCAUCAGUAUCGAUGUAACGUUUGCUUCAGAGAUCCAGAACACCUCUCACUGCAUCAGGAUUUCAGCUACAUCUCAGAUCAGAUGUUUCUGUGAUAGCUAUGGAAACCCUGCUCCCACACUGGUGUGGCAACUGGCUGGAGAGUCUGUCAAUCACUCCUCUAACACCAUCAUCAGGGAGGAGCCAAUGGGCCGAACAGGCCUGAGGAGCUCCCUCACCAUCCACCAAUCACAGGAAGAGGAAAUACCGAGUCUGGUCUGCCUCAGCUCCAACUUUGAUGCUUUUGACAGCUUCUCAUUUGACUUAACACCAAUGAAAACAUAUGAAGGUUUCCAUCUUCUCUCUCUGUUGAUCGGGGCUGGUAUGGGGGCAGGAGUGAUGAUGCUCUUAUGCAUCCCACUGCUUCUCAUCUGCAAGCAUAGGAGAGCCAGGCAGUCACCAAACAAAAGACAGAAGGACUCAGCAGAGUUCAUAGUGACUGAUGAGACCCUCUUUCAGGAAGAAGACAAUGUCUAUGCCAAUAAAGCCAUGCUGGACGAGGCCCUCGGGCCCAACAGGACAGUGGACAGGGAAAUUGACGACACAGACCUCCUCUACUACGCCACCUUGAACUUCUCCAAACUCCAGGCCAAGGUGGCCGAGCGGGGGGAGGGGGAGGGAGAGAUCAGGAGAGUCGCCUCCAAAACGACAGAGUACACAGUGAUCCGCCUGCACUCCACAGGUAGUAUCGAGGGAGGGGAUGAGAAGAAGGAGGCCAAUCCUGCUCUGGAGCAGGGGGAUCCCGCUGAAGACCAUGGAGCUAAAGUCUUGGAAGAAUCCCAGGCAGGGCACGAGAGUGACGGGGAAGAAGAAGUUGCAAAGGAUUCUGCGCUGCCAGAGCUACAGGGCGUGACUAAUUCUGCCCUCAGUGUCCAGGAGUCUACAGAGGCCCCACUGGGACAGUCCGAGCAGCACAACACAGCAGAAACUGCAGUGGAUGAGGUGACAAUGCUUUCUGAGCCGAAAGAUUCCUCUAAUGGUGAAGAGGAGGAAAUGUAUGGGAACAUAUGUCGUGGUCAGGUCAUAUCUGAAGCAAAUAAGGGACAACCUGAGUUAGAUAGGAGGAAGAGUAGGAGAGUGUAAAGGCACAGUAAGCUGCAGUAUAGAGGGAGGAGAGCUUAAAUGCAGAUAAGGUUGUGAGAAAUCACCCAUAAUGCACUGCAGAGACAUCCUCGUCACCUUCCAAAAUAGAACCACUAUGUCCACCUUUUUUUAACACCAGGUAUUCUACAGUGUCUGUUCAUCAGUUGGAUUUUCAUCUCUAUAUAUACAAUAUAUACAAAAGUCUGUGGACACCCCUUCAAAUUAGUGGAUUCGGCUAUUUCAGCUUAAAAUUAAAUCCAAUAAGGAAAUACAUUAGAUUUUGUCCUGCUGAUCUACACAACCAACUCAUUUUCACAUUUUCAAAGUGAAAGAACAAUUAUAUAAUUUUUUUCCAAUUGAAUUAAACAAAAAAAGAUGUCUUGAUUGCGAAUGUCUUCACACCCUAGAGGUAAUGCUUGGUGGAAGCACUACAGCUGUGAAUCAUUUUGAAUAAGAUUCUACUAACUUUGCACAACUCUUAGGCUAACACAUACCCAUUGUUUUUGUCCAAAUAGCUCAAGCUCAGUAAAUUUGGUUUGGGAGUCAUUGAUGGACAGCAAUAUUCAAACAUUGUCUCUGAUUGUCAAGCAGAUUUAAGUCAGCACAAGCCACAAUACUUGAAAAUACAGAGGGUUUCACUCUGUGUUGUGUAGUUCUGGAUUUGGCCUGUGGUUUUUAAUUUAGGCCAGAAAAAUGUAUUUUUUUAAA